ACACACACACACAGAGGGUUGACACAUUCAGGCUACACGCACUCCUGGUUAGCAGUAGGCUAAAAUAACGCGCUGUGAGAGAUAAACAAUGAGGAAGGAAUCGCAGUGGUUGAGGAAAUCAUGCACGUUUGAGGAUUUAAAUCAACAAUUAAAUUAUUGUCAAACAGAAGGAUACGCUUUAUUACAAAGAUUUCGCAGGAUGCAACAUUUUCUUUAUGUCUGUAAUCCGUACCAGACGAAAACGGUCAUUUUUGCUUGAAGUGUACGUUUUUUAAAAAAUAAUAAAAAGGAAAAAAAAAAAAAAAACAUCUGAUAUUUUUGUACAAUGCUGAGGCUGUUGUGGCCGCGAGAGGACGUUUCGUAAUGAUACAAAACUGAAAGGAAGGAAGGAUUUUUUUCAAACCUCCGUCUACAGUCGCCUGCUUGUCGUUUUCCUGGUGGCGUUGGAGUGUUACAGUAGUUUUUUUCUUGCCCGAACGGUGUGACUCAUGAUUCAGGUUUAUUACUGGGAACCCGCUCGAAUUUGUCCACCCUGUUACGGAGGAGCAACGGGGUUUUUGUCCCCCCCUUUCUUUCUUUUGCUGCGAGUCGAUCAUCUGCGGCGCGUUUGAUUCAAGAGCAACAGAGGGAUUAAACAUUCCUGCUCGCAGCGCCUGUUUGUGUGAGCCAGACUGGGUUACAUUGUGAGAGGAACGGUUGUGGCAAGAAAGAAGGCUAUAAAUAGCACACGCAAUUCUCGAAAACUAUCACAAGUGGUGCAUCAGCUUGUGGAGCAGACGGAACCAGAUAUCCUGCAUACAAUACCUCGAUUAUAAGUUGAUACAUUUGCAGUACGGCGGAACAUUGUUAUUAUUUUUUAUAUAAGUUUUGACGCGAAUACUACAUUUUGAGGACCGCUCCAUAACGCAGAAGAAAGGAGUCGUUUUCUCAUGGAUUAUGGUGAUUUAAUGAUGAAACUAUCUGCGGAAAGACUGGUUUGGACCCAGGCUGAUUUUUCUCUGUGUAUGGAUUGAUAUGGAUACAUCUGCGCUCCCCGCCUUUGACAGUGAUCACAUUUGGAAUCGCCUGACCUGGAUUGUAACAAUGUUGUGAUCCUCGCGCACGCUUUGGAUUUACAACAUAUGAUCGGGUUUUAUGGAUGCUUUCUGCACUUCUUUUUGAAUACGCCCAUUCCUUUACCGAGCAUUCUGAGUCCAUUAUCCGGACCUCUUGUGAGAUUAUAAGCCUGCUUGUCUUGGAACCGAUUUGUCACCCCCUCCCUGCUCGGUGUUUGAUACCGAUGUAGGAUUUCGACAUGCCCUGCGCUGACGACCCCAAAGGCGGACGAUUAUGACUGCAACGGCGAAUUGGGUGGCUAACGGGGCAAGCCUUGAGGACUGCCACUCCAACAUCUUCUCUCUGGCGGAGCUGACGGGCAUUAAGUGGCGUUGCUACAGCUUUCGCAGUGGUGGGGAAUAUGGGCCUGUGAUCUCAGCCCCGGCUCAGGACGACCCGGUCCUACGCAGCUUCAUGCGCUGCGUGCAGUCCAACUUGCUGUGUGUAUGGCGACGCAAAAUCAAGCCAGAUGCCAAGGAGCUGUGGAUCUUCUGGUGGGGCGAAGAGCCCAACCUCUCUGAUGUCAUUCAUCACGAGCUGGAAGUGGCUGAGGAGGGCUUUUGGGAGUGUGGGCUGUCCUAUGAGUGCAGGACCCUUCUGUUCAAGGCCAUACACAACCUGCUGGAAAGAUGUUUAAUGGAUAAAGGAUUUGUGAGGAUUGGGAAAUGGUUCUUCAAGCCAACUGAACUGGAAGGAAAGUCUUUGGGCAACAGUGAACACCUAUCUUGUUCCUUCUCCUUCUUCCUCCAUGGGGAGAGUAACGUUUGCACAAGUGUGGAGAUUGUCCAGCACCAGCCUGCGUACCACAUCACAGAGCACCACAUCCGUCUCGCACAGACCUCCACCUCACCUGUACAGGUGGUCCUGAGUCCGUACGGACUAAAUGGUACUCUAACAGGUCAAGCUUACAAGAUGAGUGACCCAGCAACACGGAAGCUGAUGGAGGAGUGGAGCUACUUCUAUCCCAUGGUGCUUCAGCAUAAAGAAGGAAGUAGUGAGAAAGAGAAAGAGGGAGCGAGCCAGGCGAAUGAACACAGCAGUCACGUGGCGGUGGAGGUCAUUGUAGGUGGAGUGAGGAUGACCUACCCGGCUGCUUUUGUGCUGAUUGCUCAGGGGGACCUACCAGUAGAGCAGCCUCCACCUGUUCCUGCAGCUCAGGGCUUCAGCAAGGAGCCAAACCACUGCAGUGUGGCGCUGACUCCACCAACAUCACCAGAACAGCCCUGCUCCGCGGACAGUGGCUUUGUGACCUCAGUCUCCAGUGUUCCUACACCAGACAGCAGCAUGGGGAUUCCCAGUAUCAGCCCAAAGCAUUCUGGGAAGAAGCUGACUUGUCAAGUGGUCCAUCAGGCCUGGAGGGAGUGUUAUCUCAACCAGCCUCAGCACAUAUCAAAUCAGCAAAGCGACGUGACGCAGAGGAAGGAAGUGCCAAAUGGAGUUGCUACGUGGAACUUCAACGAUCUGGGAGCGAGAGCACCCUGCAGUUGCUCCAGGUUAAAGCAGCAGAAGCUGAAUAUGACCAACACAUCCGCUGCAAACCUUCAGACUAGUGCCAACCCCACACAGUCUUCUGGUCCAUCAUUAUACCCUCCCACCCUGCCCAAACACAAGAUUAGUGACAAAACAGAAAAAGCUGACAAACAGUCCAAGCGACCAGCUGUGAUUCCCUUCCACCAUCGUCUGUCUGUCACACAGGAGACCCCCUUGGAACAAGACUCAUCUGGGGGGCCCCAGCUAGGAGGCCUUGUUGCACUCGAGCCACCCAUGGAGCCCCUUGCUUCUCUGCCAGAUUGCAAGUACUCCAAGCCUCUUUCUAAUGGCAGAAAACCGCCUGAAGCCCUUCUUCAUUCACCAAUGUCUCCACUUCCACCCACUCUCAGCCCACACCCCAGGAUACAGGACCAUGAAAUUCCGGAUGUCCCUGUGGAUAUGCCUGUGUGUUCAGAUGAGGCUUCAGUAUUGGGAGUGAUUACCAGUGAGACAGCUGUGUAUACAACUCUCCUGAGGGAGAGGGGGAAUGGGGUUGGAUGGUGGAGAGGCUUCAGGACUCCCAGGACUGAUAAGACUGACUUUAGACCCCCUGAACUUCCCACUGAUAAACAAGAGGAAACGAAAACAGAAGCAAUAGCUGAAGGAGCUCCACUUAAAAGACUUUACACACAAACUCACAAGAGAUUUAAAAUCUCAGAAGAGAGAGUGAGGGACCACAUCCACACUUUGGGCCUGUUCGAUCAGCCAGGCGUGGAGGUACUACGGGAGACUGGAGAUGAUCCCUAUGAAUUUAAAGAAGGAGACAUUGAGUACACUUUCUCUUCUAAGAGGUUAAAGGGUUCACAGCGAGAAACCAGCAAGAAGGUCAAGGGAGAAGAAAUCACCAGCAAUGGUUCACUACCUGAUGGAAAAGAUGCUAUGUCAAUUUUUAACUCAGCUCCAAAAUCAGAUGACGCGGCUCAAGAUGAUGCUGCUGCUAAAGCCAAUCCUUCUCUGACCAGAGAGAAAGAUCUAGUGGUCAACAUCUCUGAUCUUGACAACAUUUUUGAUGAGGAUGAAGAAGAGUUGGGGACCGUUUACCCAAACCAACAAUCAACCAAACUACUGGUGUCAACAGACGAUCGUCCUGUUGGGAAAGAAGGGAGAGUUAAUGUAACUUAUCCAUCAACAGUAGCAGAUCUCCAGCGGAUGUACCCCACUCCACCCUCUCAAGAUCCACACCCAGCUUUUUCCCCUAUCACGCCGCAUCGUGACACCCCGUGUCAAGAGCCUCCUGUACCCACUGGAGUGGCUGAUCACCUGCCGUCAUUGGCCUCCACCCAGAUCACCGAGUACAAGAUGGAAAUGGAGGAUGGUAUGGCCAGUCCCAGGCAGGAUGAUAUCAAGCCACAGAUAGGCUCCUCCAUGUUUGCUCCAUUAUCCUGCCUUCCCAGCCAGAGUCUACCACCACUCAAGAUUCCUGAGCAGUGUUACUACAGACCGUCCUGGGCUCUGAUGCCCAAAAUGGAGCAUUUCACCCCCAUUAUGCAUCCAUUAAAUACUGGUUUCACCAAGGAUGGAUACACGAACAUUCCCAGUGUCAACACCUUCACAGAACAAGACUAUGGCCAGAUGAGCGCCACCACUGCCUCUGUGAGCACAACUACUGGCAUAUUGCCAUCUCCUGCCACGCCACGCUUUUCUGUGCCCACCCCACGAACCCCACGUACUCCAAGAGGGAUUAACGCGGCAAGCUCAGGGCAUGGUUCAGUGAAGCAGGAUGGUACUGAGCUCAGCUCACCAGUCUCCACCCCCUCCACUAGCCUGCCUCUUAGCUCAGUGGAGCCUCUAGCUCGGCCAGGACCUUCGCUCCCUGAAGCCCACAGCCUGUAUGUUGUCCUUUUGCUCUCCGACUCUGUCCUUAGUGUCUUCAAAGAUCGCAACUUUGACAGCUGCUGCAUCUGUGCUUGCAAUAUGAAUGUUAAAGGAGCAGAUGUUGGGGUAUACAUCCCAGAUUCCACCUGUGAAGAUCAGUACCGUUGUAUGUGUGGCUUCAGUGCCAUUGUAAACAGGUGCCUGGCUCAUGGCACAGGGCUCUUCCUGGAAGAUGAGCUGGAUAUAUUUGGUCGGACUUCUGAAAUAGGACGAGCAGCUGAGAGGAGGUUAGCUCUGUGUCGGUGGGACCCAACUAUGGGGGACUCCAGGACCAAGCAGGUGCAAGAUGCAGCCUCUGCCUCACCGUCAGUCAUGAUCGUUUUACAAGAACAGUGCUCCCAACCCAUUUCCUCCUUGGCUUCGCUACAUUUCCCUCUCAGCUGUUCCUGUCAUGGCCGCAAGGGGGCACUCCUCCAAAGCUGGAUGUCAGAAAAGCAGUGGGCAGAUGAGAGUGAUGCCUGUGUGGACUGCUUUAAUGCUUUGGAGCAGGGACUGCAGUAUGUGGACAACCCCACAGGAGGGAAAGUGGAUUUAGCUGUUGUCAGAAGUAGUGCUCUUCAUUCCUGGCCUCACAAUAAUGUGGUGGAUAUGAGCAUGUUGUCGUCGCAGGACAUGGUUCGUAUGCUGCUGUCUUUGCAGCCUUUCUUGCAGGAUGCCAUCCAGAAGAAAAGGACAGGGAGGACCUGGGACAACAUCCAGCAUGUUCAGGGUCCACUCACCUGGCAGCAGUUUCACAAGAUGGCUGGAAGAGGCUCCUAUGGCUCGGAAGAGUCUCCAGAACCCCUCCCCAUCCCUACAGUCUUACUAGGCUAUGACCGAGAGCGGGACUUCUUGGCAUUGUCCCCUUUGGCUUUACCUUUUUGGGAAAAGUUGCUACUGGAACCUUACGGAGGACAGCGGGAUGUUGCUUAUGUGGUGGUGUGUCCGAAUAGCCCCUCUCUGCUGGCUGCAGCCCGGGCCUUCUUCCUGGAGCUCAGCGCUGUUUAUGAGACAUGUCGCCUUGGGAAACACCGCCCUCUAGCCAAGGUGUCCAGAGAUGGCCUUGUGCGUGUUGGGGAGGAAGUGGAGCCAGAAAAGCUGGAAGAGCUGGAUGUGGACCAGUGGUUGACUGGACCCUGGGCUGGACAGCAGCACACUGACAACCUCAGCAAACUUAAACUCUAUGCUUAUGCCUGCAAGCACCAGUUAGGUCCCCAGCUCUCAGCCCAGCCUUUGGACAGCAGUCUUCUGUUGCCUCCCAAACCCCAGGCUCCCGCUAACAACACAUCUUCAGCUCAACCUGCAUCUUCUGGUCAGAUUUGGACUGCUGAUGGAGAACCAGCUUCAGGUGCUAGUAAUGCAACAAAUGCUUCAACCCCAACUGGUACCAGUUCAGGCCAGACAGGGGAGACAACUCAAGGGGGAUCUGGCGAUUCCAAAGGACCUCCUAAUCCCACGCCGAACACACCAGCAGAAAACCCUGAACUCUCUUCUGAGCAGUCAAGAAUUGGCAUCCCCACUGUGGCUGACUCAGCAGACAGCAUUGCCAACCCGCCAGCUAUUGUUAUUUACAUUGUGGAUGCUUUUCUCAGCCCGAGUGGAAUGAGAAAUGAAAGUGGGGAUGAGGAAGAGGGGGAGGAGGUCGAGUCAGGUAGUGUUUGGCUCCUAGGGCUUCUUCGCUGCUACACAGAGAUGCUACAAACUUUGCCUGAGGUGAUGAGACCUGCACUGGUGCUACAGGUUGUGCCAUGCCAGUAUCUUCUCCAGCUAGCGAGUGGAGAGAGCCAUUUGUACCUUCAACACCUUCGCUCCCUGGCUUUCUCUUGUUAUUCCCAGUGCAGACGACUGCUACCCCAGCAAACACAUAUUAAAUCUCUGACUGGCUUUGGCCCAGUGUCCAGUGUCAUUUCAGUACUUAAAAGUCCAGAGCAUCCCAGCCCCCUGCAGCUAUACUCCCCACCAUUUAUUCUUGGUCCAACCCGUCCCAAGCAGCCAGAGCCAGGAGAGAUAUGGGCAGAACUCCCUCCCAAAGUCAAUGUACUCUUUGUUGGAUACUGCCUUUCACAUGACCAGCGCUGGAUCUUAGUGUCCUGCACCGACCAGCAGGGGGAGCUCCUGGAGACAUGCAUUAUCAACAUUGAUGUUCCCAACAGAGCAAGGCGUCCCAAGGUGUCAGCAAGGAAAAUUGGACUACAGAAACUGUGGGAGUGGUGUGUUGGCAUCAUUCAGAUGACUUCACUGCCAUGGAGGAUUGUUAUUGGUCGAUUAGGCAGACUGGGCCAUGGGGAGCUAAAAGACUGGAGCUCACUCCUUGGGGAACACUCCCUUCAUUCAGUAGGACGGCAGCUGAAAGAGGUUUGCCGCAUGUGUGGUAUCUCAGCAGCUGACUCUCCCACCAUCCUCAGUGCCUGCCUGGUUGCCAUGGAGCCGCAGGGCUCUUUUGUAAUCAUGCCUGAUGCAGUGACCAUGGGCUCCGUGUUUGGACGCAGUACAGCUUUGAACUUGCAAACAUCGCAGCUAAACACACCCCAGGACGCUUCCUGUACACACAUUUUAGUCUUCCCAACUUCGGCAACUACCCAGCUGGCACCCAGCUCCUACCCUACAGAGGACAAUAAUGAUGACAUGUUUGAUCUUCCCUUUCCUGAUGAACUGGAGAAUGACAUUGGCCAUGACAUGAUGCUGAUCACAGGAAACCUUCACCCUUCCCCCAACACUUCUCCUGUGCCCUCGCCUGGCUCGCCGUCUGGGAUGGGAAUGGGAUCACAUUUCCAGCACACCAGGAGCCAAGGAGAGCGCUUAUUGUCCCGGGACAAUCCCCCAGAGGAGCUAAAGCAACAGCCGCUGGCUUUGGGCUACUAUGUCUCAACUGCAAAAGCAAAUGGACUUCCUCACUGGUUCUGGGCCUCCUGUCCACAAGCAGAGAGCCAGUGUCCACUCUUCCUCAAGGCCUCUCUCCACCACCACAUCUCCAUAGCACACUCAGAUGAGAUGGUGUCGGAUAAGACUAAGAGGACCCCUCACCCCUUAGACUCAAAGACCACUUCUGAUGUGCUCAGGUUUGUAUUGGAGCAGUACAAUGCCCUGUCUUGGCUGACGUGUACACCUGCCACACAAGAUCGACAGUCCUGCCUUCCUGUCCACCUGGCUGUACUGACACAAAUGUACAAUGCUGUUCUGAACAUGCUUUAGCUGUAGGGACUGAGUUACCCACAUCUUAUUCUGUGCCUCUUUCUGACCACCAGAGAGCACCAGAGCUCUCCUGUUGUUUGGAGCAGAAAUGGAUUUAAUGGCCAAACACCGUACAGAUGUACAGGGACUAUUCCCACGGCUGGAAUGUAAUGAAUAAGAGAAGCGACAUCAGUCAACUGCAACAUCAUGGAUACCCAGGCGCAGUGUGUACGUUUAAACUGAUUUUGUGCCUGCUGUGGUGCAUGUGAGCGGGAAACAGACAGAUCUAGCAAUGUCCACCAUAUCCCACAUGGCCAGCUCUUCUUAGUGGCAUUUGAAGCAUCUGUGGAUGACAUCAACAGAGAAGCUCUGUAUGAUUCUUUUUACACCUGUGAAAAGGGACAUUUGUGCAGGACCAUGUGACUCCAUAUUGUGCAACCAGCAAAACAGCAUGACAACACAAACACACGGCUUUGUUACAUCAAGGAUGUUUCUACAUUUUUGUAUAGAACUGCGGUGUCGAGCUUCUCUGGAUUUGCAGCCUGUUGCUCAAACUUUUUAUUAAGGGGAGUAUUUGAUAAUGGCAAUUUUUCCCCUACCUUCCAAAGUGUUGUAGAUAUGAACACAAUGGAAAAUAUUUGACCAGAGAAGAUCUUUUGUUUAUAGUGUAAGGCAUACAUUUACAAAAAAUUGAGACUUAUUUUUUAAUAUUUAAAACAAGAAGAAGAAGAAGAAAAAAGUCUUUUUUCCCAACUGAUGUUAUUCGUCUGGGGAUAUUAAAUAAAAUUAGUCAAUUUAAUGCAAUUGUAAAUUUGCAAUAUUUAUAGAAAUUAUAUCAUGUCAUAGAAUUUGAUAUAUUUGAAUUUAAAUAUAUAUAUAAAUGUAUAUACAUAAAUAUAUAUUACCUCUUCCAGGCAGGCACUUAUUGAUAAGGGGGAUGGGCAAAGCCAACUCUUGAAUGGUGGACUCAUAAUGAACAUUUAUCAAAGAAAAUGCAUUUUUCUUUGUUUCUUUAUUUUCUAUACAUACAGCAAAUCUUACCUUUUUAUUUAAUGAAUUUAAAUUAAAUUGAUGCAGAAGAUACAGUAUACUGUGUAUUUAUAAAGUAUUACUAUUCUGCUAAAAAAUAAUGUUGAAAUAAAAAAUUUAAAAGCAUAUUUCAAGGUUAUCAAAUAUUUAAGAAUGAUGCUUUAUUUCAUUGGCUUUCCUAAAUGAUGUCAAGCAAACCAAUAGAAAGGCCUGUUUCUUCAGCCUCCCUCAGUCUGCUCUUAUUAGAAUCCUAGCAUGUUUGUAUAUACACUUUCCAGAUGUGUUCUUUUGGUAUUUCUUAGAGCUGUACAUUUCAUGCUGGUUUAUUUGAAAGUAAUUCAUAUCAGUUUUUUUCUUCUCAAUUUAACCUUUUUUUGAUAUGCAGUAUACACACAGUGCAAAUUUAAUUUAAUUACAGCCAAGAGGUUGUUCUGCCAAAUGAGUAUACACAAAUGUACAGACAAGUGCAAAAAUUUGUUACAUCUGUCAUCACUUUGAAUAUUAAACAGAUCCACUUAAAUGUGAGUGAUCUGUUACUUUUACACUCUUUUUUAGUAAAUUAUUAAAACUCUUAAAAAUGA